CUGCAGUUAACAACAAAAUCUGUAUUUCCCACAGAUGUUGAUGCCUAAAAAAAAUCGUAUUGCAAUCUAUGAACUCCUUUUUAAGGAGGGUGUGAUGGUAGCCAAGAAGGAUGUCCACAUGCCUAAGCAUCCAGAACUGGCAGACAAAAAUGUGCCCAACCUCCAUGUCAUGAAAGCAAUGCAGUCCCUGAAAUCCCGUGGCUAUGUGAAGGAACAGUUUGCCUGGAGGCAUUUCUAUUGGUAUUUGACCAAUGAGGGCAUCCAGUACCUGCGGGAUUAUCUUCACCUACCACCUGAAAUUGUGCCUGCCACUUUGCGACGCAGCCGUCCUGAAACUGGCAGACCCCGGCCCAAAGGAUUGGAGGGGGAACGUCCUGCUCGUCUUACACGAGGAGAAGCUGAUAGGGAUACCUAUAGACGAAGUGCAGCUCCUCCUGGUGCAGACAAAAAGGCAGAAGCUGGUGCUGGGUCAGCUACUGAAUUUCAGUUUAGAGGUGGAUUUGGACGUGGACGUGGUCAGCCACCUCAGUAGAAAGCUGUUGCUGUUUGGUUGCAUCUUGUGUAUAAUAAAUAGGUGAAAAAAAAUCACUGUAUCCUUGAAUCAUUUAAUUAACAUGCUAAAAUUGUGAAGCAUUUGUAGGGCUGCUGGGGUCUAGCACUUGCUUUCAUAUGUGGGAGUUAUAUCCCAGAAAUAGACUUACGGGGAAUCUUGGCUGCUUAAAAAGUAUAUUCCAAAUUUUCAUGGGUUCAGAGGAGGUUCCCAAUUAGAUGAAGACUUUGUAGUAGCCAUUUUUCCUGAUCUUACUAGCCAUAUAGCACCAAUCUCGUGUCUUGAUAGCGUCAUCCUGUUUGCUGAAAUAGUAUCCUUCGGAUAGUAAUUUGUCCAAAAUUAACCAUUUUUGUGUAUAGUUUACUCUAAUCCUGAAUGUGAGUUUCCUUAGCUCAUUCCAUUGAGGUUUGGGAUUAUGUUGUUCUUGUUAUUAUGUUGCGGCCUCUUUCAUCUGGGAGCCCAAGAUGGCUCACAUGAAGGUUGGUCUCACUUUGUUUUAUUCUCAGAACAACCACCCGUAUGAAGUGAGUUGGGCUUAAAAGUGUGUGACUGGUCUGAAGUCAUCCGGUGAGCUCUAUGGUCAAGUGAGGAUUUAAACCUGGUCCCAGUCCCAAAACUUAAUGACUACACUUUUCCUGGUUCUAGCCCUUAUAACUGCUGGAAAUGGAACAUUAGUUGGGGAACAAUCUCUUGACAAGCAGUUGUAGCCAUUAAUCUUUAUGAUAACUGUGUGUCACAGCUCACUAUCUGUUUUACCAGUGGAGAAUUCAAGUGACCUGCACAAAAAUACCUGAUGAACCAAGUCUUUGCUGGCACCUGAACUCCAGUGGAAGUCAGCUGAUCUUCAGUUUGGUGUUUGGAAGCACUACUGAAAGAAAAUAUGAGUAAUAAGCGUAUUGUUGAAUAGUAAAGAUGUGUAUUUACUAUUUAUGAACUCACACAGGAUUUGCUUCAGCUAUGUGAUAAAAUGGGCUUGAUCAACAAAAGCUUUUGUGAAAUAAAUUUGCUAAUCUUUUAAGAUACACAAA